AUCGUAUCAUACCAUCAAGGAUGACUUGGAUUACCAUCAAAGCUAAUCCGAGCAAACUCCUGCCUUGAUUUUUUUCAUAUGAGAGUAAUGAGUUGGCAUCUACGUCUUACUUGGCUCCUUCAUGUUCCUCCACUUUGCAGCUUCAAGAAACGUGGCUUUCUUCUUGUUAAAACAACUGCAAGGCAGCAUCAGCCAAACCCACCCACUUACCCAUCAAAAACAAAAAACAUAAUCCUUGGCUUUCCCCGCCAUGGCUGUGAAGCAGCAAUUUCCGGGAAUUCCAAUUCCCGCAUGUGCAAAACGUGCUGCCUAAAACAUACUCGCUUGACGACAAAGCUCACCGCAUGCACGUUGUCUCUUCCAAGCACUCAUCAAAUCUCGCCUGUGCCUCCCCUUUCGCCCUCUCAUUUUGUCUGUUGGGUCGGUUGCCUUUUUACACCAAAGACUACAGCUAUUCAUCCCCCCUUACUCCCCUUCUCUUACAAACUUCAAGACAGUCCCUGCCCCUCUAUUUCUGUCUAUCUCACGCCAAUAUGCACACGUCUCCCAUGAACUUCUGUUUGAAGCACCUCAAAUCUCUCUCUCUCUCUCUCUCUCUCUUUUGAAACCCUGAAGCAUUUCCCUGCUCAAGGAAAAGAAUACUUUCCCACCAAGCAAGAAAAACUCUGAUCAACUUCAGUCCUACAAGCACCUUGCGGAAUCCCCCUGCUAUAAAAGGCACAGUUUGCUUUACUCUUUUUCACACCCAUCACUCUUCUGAUCUUCGCUUGUCUGAUAAUAUUUCUUCCCUUUUUGUUGCUUGCUUGCCCUGGUAUGACUCCGGGAGGAAGCAGCGCCAGCACGAACCACAAUGCUGGCUCCUUCGAUGCAUUCUUCCAGGUUUGGCUCGAACGCCAAGAGCAAUACCUCGACGAGCUACUCUCUGUUCAACAGCGUAGCCAUGAAGCCCAGGAAGAUGAUCUCAAGGACCUCAUUACCCGAGUACUCUCCCACCACCAACAGUACUAUGAAGAAAAAUCUCGCGUAGCCCACCGCAACAUUUUCCUUGUUUUCUCUCCAACCUGGCUCUCUUCCUUCGAGCGUGCCUCGCUUUGGAUUGCUGGUUUCAAGCCCGGGUUUGCGUUGAAGCUUGUUUCCAACUCCGUGCAAGACCUGUCUCAAGAGCAAAGCGAAAGGAUAAAGAGGCUGAUGGCGGAGACGAGGGUUGAAGAGAGGAUGCUUAAUGACGAGUUGGCGAGGGUUCAAGAGAGCAUUGCGGCUCCGCCUUUGCUUGAGAUAGCCAGGAAACGAGCACGACUGAUGAAUGCGGAGAUUGCAGGGGAGCAAGCAGCACUGGCCUCCUUGAGGAAGGCAGUGGAGGAAGUGGUGUUGGCCGCUGAUUUGUUGAGGAUGACCACGGCCAUGAAGGUGGUGGAGAUAUUGAACCCGGUGCAGAAUGUGAAUUUCCUGACAGCCGCGACGCAGCUGUUGGUCAAGCUGAGGAACCGGGGGUUGCAAAAAGAUGCUGAGAGAAAGGAUUGAACCAGUGAAUCCCGGAUAGUGUGUCAUAUAAGUAGGUAAGACCAUACAGUACAGAUAGCUGAUAGUAACAUCUUUUGCAUUUGUUUAGGGGAUUUUUGACUACUCGAAAGUCUUAAACGGCAACGGAUCAGGGUUCAGGAAAGUCUUCGCCGGA